UUAAAUUUCAAAACCAGAGUUUCUAGAGAGAGAAAGUCUGAAAUGGUCCCCUUUUCCCAUUGUCCCCACCACCUUUUCUUAUAUGUUUAAAUAUCCUUUUGAGAAAUUUUCAGAUUACAAUCGCCGAUGAUGAUGUUCUCUGCACAAUCGCCAUCUUCGUCUUCUUCGCUGUAUUGUUAAUCUUCUUCUCAUUUGAAUCUUUCUUUUCUUUUUGUUUUCUUGCACACUAGUACUACCUAUAGUUAGUUACAGAUUGUUCCUAUAUUUGUUGUGUUCAUCUGAAUCGGACUAUUAGCUAGUACUGAAUGAUGUUUACGUUCAAUGCAAAUUGAUUAUAUAUAGUGGAUUAGAAUCAAUCAUCUACUGUGUAAGCGGAAGAAAGAAAUUAAUGGCUCUUAAUCAAUCGGAGAUGCAAGAACAGAGUAUUGAUACUGAUAAGCUUAGCUAUGAGAUUUUCUCAAUCCUUGAGAGUAAGUUUCUAUUCGGUUAUGAUGAUCAGAGGUUAUGGAUUCCGAAACAGAUCUCGCCGCCGGAGACUGAACCGAGGUCAGGAUUGUCAACGCCUUCUACAGUUGAUAAUAACGGUGUACAGGCGAUUAAGAAUCAGAGAGGGAAAAUCUGUAUUCUCAGUAUUGAUGGAGGUGGAAUGCGGAGUAUAAUUCCUGGAAAAGCAUUAGGAUACCUUGAAAAUGCUUUGAGAAUGAAAUCAGGUAAUCCGGACGCUAGAAUCGCUGAUUACUUUGAUGUUGCAACUGGAGCUGGUGUUGGCGGGAUAUUUACGGCGAUGUUGUUUGGGACGAAGGAUAAUAGUCGUCCAAUUUCUGUUGCUGGUGAUACUUGGAAAUUCUUAGCGGCGCAGGGGAGGAAAUUCUAUAGUUCUUCUUCGUUGAGUGGUUCGGAUACUGGUGGACGGAAGAAUGUACGGAAGCUAUUUUGUUGUAGUUCUAGCGGCGAUGGAGGUUCAAGUGGUUUGGAGACGUAUGAGUUGGAGAAGACGAUGAAGGAAUUGUUUACUGAAAAUGGAAGGAACUUAACGCUGAAGGAUACGUUGAAGCCAGUUCUUAUUCCUUGCUACGAUCUAUCAAGCUCGGCACCAUUCCUAUUCUCGCGAGCAGAUGCGCUUGAGACCGAUAGUUUCGAUUUCCAGCUCUGGGAGGUAUGCAGGGCGACCUCUGCUGAACCCGGAGUUUUUGAGCCGGUUUCAAUGAAGUCUGUAGAUGGAAAGAAGAGGUGUCUCGCGGUAGAUGGAGGGUUGGCUAUGAGUAACCCGACGGCGGCGGCGAUUACCCACGUGCUACACAACAAGCAGGAAUUUCCCUUUGUUCGUGGGGUGGAGGAUAUUUUGGUCCUUUCAUUAGGAACUGGUCAGUUUCUGGAAGGCAGCUAUAACUAUGACCAGGUCAAACAGUGGAAGGCUAAGGACUGGGCUAGACCCAUGGCUCGUAUAUCUAGUGAUGGUUCAUCAGAUUUGGUGGAUCAUGCUGUAGCCAUGGCCUUUGGUCAAAGCAGGUCUGGUAACUAUGUUCGCAUUCAGGCAAAUGGGUCCACUUUGGGAACUUGUGGGCCAAGCGUGGACACGGAUGCCAAUCCAAGCAAUGUGAAAAUGUUAAUGGGAGUUGCAGAUGAAAUGUUGAAGCAGAAGAAUGUUGAAUCUGUGAUGUUUGGUGGGAAGAGAAUAAGUUCUCAAAGCAAUUCUGAAAAACUCGAUUGGUUUGCUGGAGAACUUGUCCUUGAACAUCAGAGGAGAAGUUGCAGAAUUGCUCCCACUGUUGCAUUCAAACAGGCUAAUUCUCAACAGCGCUUGUAAAAAGUUCAUCAACAAAAAAAUUUGGAGGGAGGAGGAAAGGGGUGGAAAUAAAAUGUGGAGGAUGAUAACUAGUACUGUAGUAGGGGAGGAGAAAUGAAAAAAACAUUUAUUUGUUAUUUUAACAAUGAAAAUGGACAUAACUGAAGAAGAAGAGCAUGGGAGAAAAAAAAAAAGAAAAAAAAAAUUAAAAAAAAAGUAUGUUUCUUCUUUCCUUUGCUUGCCGUGCCAAAAUUUGCUUGAUCAUAUAAUCCAGAAGUUGGACGGGGUUUUAGCUGAUUGAUAAUGUAGGUAAGUAUGAAAGAAGAAUCAGAUAAACAAUUAAAGUGGGGAGUCAGCUAUUUGAAUUUGAAUUUGCUUUUUCAUUUGAAUUUGAAUUUCUUUUCUUUUGUUUUUGGCCAAUAGUAAGUACUAAAAUGUAAACUUGUAGUGCUAGACAAUAUACAAUAUAUCAAAUAUCAGUGUGUCCAUCUUUUCUUUUACUUU